AAGCCACACCGCUUCCGGCCUGGCACUGUGGCGCUGCGCGAGAUCCGCAAGUACCAACGCAGCACCAGCCUGCUCAUCCGCAAGAUGCCAUUUGCGCGCCUGGCGCGGGAGAUCACCAACAACGUGGCGCCUGAGCCGUUCCGAUGGACAGCAGAAGGCCUGCUUGCGCUCCAGGAGGCCACUGAGGACUUCAUCGUCCAUCUGCUGGAGGACUGCAACCUGUGCGCCAUCCACGCCAAGCGCGUCACCAUCAUGCCCAAGGACAUGCAGCUAGCCCGCCGUAUCCGCGGCCCUAUCAAUGGCGUCUGCUCAUACUGA